AUAUAAAAAAAAAUGAAAAAGCAAGAUUCUAUCUUCUUAUAGUUUGAUUUCAAACAAGUCCUUAAAAGAAGGGCGCCUUGUCGAAGAGCUACUUUACGAAAAACACGCCUUCAUUAUUCUCAUUCUGAGUUGUCGUCGUCUCUCUUUUCUCUUUAUCCUCUUCAUAUAUCUAUCUAUCAUCAGAUUCCUCCGGCCGCCGGAGUACAGCCAGUUACAGUCAUUACGACGGCAAGAAUAUGUUCCAGUUCACAUCCACAAGGUUAAUUUGUUGAGAUGAUUCAGUAGUGAAUCAAUUUACCAGAAGACUAAGGAUGCAAGCACUAUCAACUGGACUGAUAAUUGGAAUAUCAAUAGGUCUGUUGAUAGGUGUACUUCUAGCUUUAUUCAUAUUCUUUUGCAUUAGGUAUCACAGGAUUAUAAGCUAUAAAAUAGGGAAAACUAGUUCUCGAAGAGAAGCCUCUAUACCUAUUCGUGCUAAUGUGGAUGAUAAUGCUUCGGUUAUAUCAAACUCAUCUAUUGGCACGGAAUCGCCGAUGAGCUCGUUUGAGCGGAAUGACAUGUCUUUAUGGUUUGGAGGAGGAGGAGGAGGAGUUAAGAAGACGAAUGGAAUAACUGCAUCUGGAUUAUUAAAGUAUCCUUACAAGGAAUUGUUGAAGGCUACCCUUAAUUUCACCACAUUGAUAGGGCAAGGGUCAUUUGGUCCAGUCUACAGAGCUGAGAUGUCAACUGGUGAGACUGUCGCUGUUAAGGUGCUUGCUACUAAUUCCAAACAAGGGGAAAAACAGUUUCAAACAGAGGUUUUGCUACUUGGGAGGUUACAUCACAGGAACUUGGUGAACUUGAUAGGCUAUUGUGCAGAAAAGGGUCAACAUAUCCUCUUGUAUAUUUAUAUGAGUAAUGGAAGUUUAGCUUCUCAUUUAUAUAGUGAAAAGUGCAAACCAUUGUCGUGGGAUUUGAGGGUUCAAAUAGCCUUAGAUGUAGCAAGAGGAUUGGAAUAUCUCCAUGAUGGUGCCAUUCCCCCUGUUAUCCACCGAGACAUAAAAUCGUCCAAUAUUUUGCUGGAUGCAUCCAUGCGAGCAAGGGUGGCUGAUUUUGGGCUUUCUAGAGAAGAGAUGGUCAACCGUCGUUUGUCAAACGUACGUGGAACUUUCGGUUAUCUUGAUCCUGAGUAUGUAUCGACAAAUACAUUCACGACACAAAGUGACAUAUAUAGCUUUGGGGUGUUGCUAUUCGAGCUCAUUGCAGGCCGAAACCCUCAACAGGGUCUUAUGGAAUACGUCGAACUUGCGGCUAUGAAUGUUGAAGGAAAAGUAUGUUGGGAGGAGAUUGUGGAUUCUCGGCUUGAUGGUAAAUUUUGCUCACAAGAACUCAAUGCCAUUGCGGUUCUUGCAUAUAAAUGUGUAAGCCAAGCAUCAAAAGAUCGACCUUCCAUGAGGGAUAUAGUGCCAAUACUAUUGCACGUUAUCAAUUUGACAAACGAAAUAGAACACCACAAACAAUUGUCGUCUUCAACAACAACUAACAAUGACAUCAUUGUAACAAUCAAUGAUGAUAAGAGUGAACAACAACAAAGAUAGUAACUUGAGACAUUUGGUCAUAGUUGUAGUUUCUCCUUGAGGUGAGGAAAGUUACUAAUAUUAUUUAUUUUAGUAAGAUUAUUUGUAAUCUUAUCAUGAUUUUUUUUAAAUUUGUCUGGUACAAUUUUGAUACCAUUCAAAAGUUCAAAUUGAACAUUUUUUUAAGUUAAGAUUGAUUUUAAUUACAUUGUAAUUACUUUUUACUGUUGAAAUUAUAGUGUUAUAAACUUCCUUUGA